GGCGCGUCCUCCAGCGGUUGUCAUGGCGACCAUAUAACGCGGACCUGGGUGGAGACGAGCGCAAACCCGACUUGGUCGGUAGAAGCGAUGGCGGGAGUGACGGGCGGGUCAGUGUCCGCGUGGGGACUCGCUCGCUCGGUGGCCCACAGGCUAAAGUAUUAUGUUGAUGUGCAAAGAAAAGAAGAUUUGUUUGAUUCAUGUGGAGUCAUCCAUGAUGAGGCAGAAAGUUUGUAUUUGCAUCCUGCAGUUUUGGUUGAGCAGAAGGAAAAGCGGGAGCAUAACUUUGCUGAUAUUAAAUUGGAAGCAUCCCUACGUGCCUAUGUAGGCAGCACUGAAGAAUGUAACAGAAAAGUCCAGAAAAGCCCAGAAAAGCAAAAGGAUUUGGAAAAGCUUAUUAAAAAGAUGGCACAAGAUUACAUACCUGACAGAACAAAUGAGGGCAAAGCAAAGAGUACAAAAAGGCAAAAACAACUGCAGAACACCCCCGCCAAUCUACACAUUGCUGCUUCCUCAUGUAUGUUGCCGGAAGUACAGAGACUCGUUUCAUCGGCUUCCAAGCUAAUUGUGGCUGCUACUUCUGAUGUCUCUCCAAGAAAAAUGGGAACAACUCAAGGUGUUUCAUCUCCAGAGAGAAAAGAUGCAAAAAGCGUUCAGAGUUUGGAUAGUGGCAGCAAGCGAUGUCUUUCCACCACACAUUCCCAUAAAGACGAAGCACAAAGGACCAAACAAAAUCAAGAGAGAAAACAUUUGAAAGUUAAAAAGAGAUCAUCUGACAUUUCGAAGACUUCUAGUAGCUCAAAGUCGAAAUCGAAGAGGCUUCUUUUGAGAACGCUUCCUAAAUCUGUUGAUAUAAGCUCAGUGGACAGAAUGUCUAUAGCUCCAUAUUCGCAAACUGGACAAAAUGAAGCAUUUAAGAAAGGUAUACUUAGAGCCUCUUUAGCAAUAUCUGAACACCAAGAUGCACAGCCAAAUGCUCAAUGGAAGAACUUCUCACUCUCUCAGCAAAAUGAGAAUUCUGCUGACCAUUCCCAUAAAACGUUUAAAAUCAAAAGGGAAGAGUCAUCUCUCAGACCCACUGAAACAAUUCCAAACAUAAAGAACUGUCCGUCGAGCAAGUUUUUUGGGAGACAGCCGAUCCUGAGCUCCAGGAGUAAUCAAGAAAGUCACUCAGAAAAUUGCAGCCAGCAUAACUUAAGAGGCCCUGAAGAUGCAACUCAAUCAACUGUCCCUGCCAAUAAAUCCACUGGGAUUGGGGCUUGUCUUCAAGAGGAUCAGAACAACGGCUGUAUUCCUGUGGUCAAGCAUGGAUCAUCUUUUCUGUACCAGGUUUGCCAGGAAAUGGAUCAAGACAUAUCACUGAGUAUGACUAGGAACGGGUCUAUGACUGUAGAUGAAAAUGAGGGAAACCAAAAUAAACAUCUUUUCACCCAGCUAUUUUCUUCAAGUGAAGAAGGGGGCAGUGAUGUUGAGGAUUCUCCCGGUAAAGCGCAGAUGCAGGACCUUCCUUUAGGAGAGUCCUGUGAUGAGCAAAUGAUGCAUAUUCUACCAGUGACACCAGGUGCUUGCAGAUGUUCAGAACUACCCAGUUGCUGUGUGUGUGAAGCUUCUGAAGAGCAACAUCCAGGAUCCCCUGUUAUAACCGCAGCUAUUUUAGAAGGACUGGAAAGUGAGCAAUCAGAAGAGGAAUUCACCAUUUCAUCUGCCUCUAGCAGCUUCAGUGCCAGAUCAUUAACCAGCCUACAUGAACAGAUGAGCAGCAACACUAAGGAGGAAGAUGCUGACUCCAGCAUAGAUGUUCUCGUUCAGAAAGUUCUGAAGAUGAUGCCAGAAGAGAAGACCAUGCAGCAAGAGAUGUUCUGUCAACAUAGUAAAAAUCCAAGUUCUCCAGCUGAGAAGAGACAUGGAUCAUGGAACUGAGGGUAUCUGCGCCGGGCAAAUAGUCUAUUUCUCUCAUUUCCCCCAGUCAGUUUAAUCCAGAUCCCUAACCCUGAAACAGAACCACAUACAAUUGUUGGCCUAUCUCUUUCUUCCUGGGUUAAAGCUAUGAUAACCACUGCUUUUAUACUCUGCUUUGCACUUGUUUAAUACAGUAUUUGUCAUUUUUAUGGAAAUUAAGUCAUUCCAUUAAGAUCUAAGAAAUGCAUUUUCCCUGUAUUUCUUUCAAAUUUCAGUGAUGUCUGCCCAAUGCUAGAAGCUUAUGCUUGUGUCAGGUACAAAAAAGAGGGCUUGUUUUUAUUUUUGUAAUGUUGAAAGUUGAUAAAAAAAUCACAAUGAUAAAGCUGCUUCCACCUUAGAAAUCGUCUUAAAAGAUUGUGGUUAGCUGUCUUUUGAAUAGAAUCUGCCUGUGCUGCCCAUAGACUUGAAAUCUGUGAGCCUAAGCUCUGAUUUUUAAAAAAGCUUAACCCCUAAUGUGAGAGCUCUUGAAAUGUUUUGUCAUUUUCAGAAGAGCCCUGCUGAAUCCAAAGAAAGGUCUGUGUACUCCAGCAUCCUGCUUCCCAGUGACCAGCCUCUACUGUCCAUGGCUGGGAAUUGCAGGUGGGAAGAGGGCUCUUAUGCUCAGGCCCUGCUUGCGGGCUUCCCACUGGGACAUCCAGCCGGCCACUGUGAGAACAGGAUGUUGGACUAGAUGGCCCUUUGGCCUGAUCCAGCAGGCUCUUCUUAGAUCUCUGGGGAGGACUGCAAGCAGGACAUGAGCACAAUAGCCUUCUCCCACCACUGUUCUCCAGUAACUUGCAUUCAGAGGGUUCAUCUAUACCUCUGUAUACUCUGUAAUGUAAGCCCCUCGUGCCUCCAUUAAUUCACCCUCAUCCAUAUGUUCUCCUCCAAUCGCUGCCUUCCACCCCUUUCCCCUCCCAUGACCUGGAGCUUCCAGUACCAACUGUACACCGAAAAGGGGACUGCCAAGGAGGGAUGCCGGUUGCUUUGUCUCACUUCCUGCUUCUGUCGGUUCCCACAGGCUCCCUCACCCCCUCCCAUCUGCUCUGAACCAAUCAGCCACACAACAAGACGAGAAGGAGGGAGGGAGAGUUUGUAAACAAAAAAGGGUACAUCUACAAGAAUGGAUGAGCAAAAUGUUUGAUUUGAGUACAAAGUAAGUGCAAACCAAUCAGGUUUGGACUACUAGUGGACAAUUCCAAUGAGGAAAAUGUGGGUUUUAGUAUGGUCUGAAUGCUUCUGUACCUGGGCAGGUUGCAGAUUAGUGUCAAUAGUUUUUAGACAUGACAUUCUCCUUCAUGAAUUGGCCUAAUCCCCCUUUAAAGCCAUCUAAAUUGGUGGCUGCCACCAUAUCUUAUAGUAGCAAAUUCUGUUGUUCAGCCAGGCAUUCUGUGAAGUACUUCCUUUUGUGGGCCCAAAUCUUCCACCACUCUCAGAGAUGAAGACAAAAUGGCUGAAUACAUAACUCCUUACAGCUGUCCCUUUGAAAGCAGACUUAAGUGUUUAACUAUGGUUGGAUUGUGCCCUGUGGUUUGCAAAUAUGCUUUCUGGUUAUCUCAUGAUUUUUAAGUAUUUUUAACAUUAUGCUCUAGCUUGGUAGCCCUUGAGUAAUAGAUUCUGUCAGAGCUGAAGAAUGUAGCCAAAGAUAAAUAAAAGGAAACUUUCCAUA